AUGUCUACCAUUGCAACUGUUGACGAGCUUGACAGAUACUUUUCGGAAACAGAAAAAAAUCUCGAAAUCGAGCGAGUUCUAUCAUGUUUUAAGCUGGACCCCUUUGCUAUACUCGAACUGCCAUAUACCAAACCAGAUCCAAAAGCAAUCAAAAAAGCAUACCGACAGAAGAGUUUAAUGAUCCACCCCGAUAAAGUCAAGCAUGAGAAAGCUCAGGAUGCCUUUGCUCUUUUAAAAAAAGCUGAAUCAGAGUUAGCAGAUGAAGCACGUUUAAAAUUCUUGCUGACUGUAAUAGAAGAAGCUCGCGUGGAAGUUUUACGCAGCAACGGCUACAAAGUGAAAACUGAAGUGGUCUUCAAUAACCAACUACCGACGAUGCCAGCGGAAAGGAACGCUCCAGAAACUCAAGUGAAAGAUAAAAUGAAGGAGAUUUUGAUUGAAAUGGAAUUACGUAGAAGACGCCAGUUGCAGAGAGAAAUGGAAGCAGAAGGUGCAGAGAAAAGGAAAGCUGAAGAGAAGGUAAACGAAAGAAAGCGAAAAGCAGAGAACGAAAAGCAAUGGGAAGAAUCAAGGGAUACCCGUGUUAAUAGUUGGCGACAGUUUCAAAAGAAGGGUGGAAAAAAAGUAAAAAAGGUCAAGAAAUCAGGACUGUAA